CUCAUUGUACAGAAGGAAGUGCUAGUGAAAAGAUUAGAAGUAAUAAUUACAAGUUACAAUUUUCAAAAAAAUGCAUAUAAGAAUUGCCUGUCAAAGCUGAGAGUGUUGCACAACUUCUGGAACUUUCUUACAGGGAAUACACGCUUAAAAGAAUGCGUUGGCUCACCUUUAUUUCACUCCUGUCAGUUACUGCUUUGGCUGACUAUCCACCAGAUAUUGAUGAUUACUUUUCAUUCUCCAAACACGUGGGCUCAGGAGUCGGCAUCUCAUAUGGCAUCGUUGGGAAAGGAAGGAUUACAGGUGUCCGAGUGUGGGAGGCCAACAAUAACUACAUCUAUGGAAUCCAACUUCGCUACGGCUACGCCUGGACCAAUAUUACAGGCUAUCCGUAUGGUCAAGUCCAGGAAAUGAAGUUGUUCGAAGGCGAAGCCAUUGUGCAACUUUCUGGAAAGUAUUCGCACUACGUGCAGUCUCUGGUAUUCACUACCAACAUGGGCCGAUCCCUGUUUGCGGGCCAGCCCCGGGGACACUCAUUCAACAUGUACCCAAGAAAGGAAAAGGCUGAACUGCGCUUCAUCAGUGGCCGUUACAACGGAGCUAUCACCUCCAUUGGAGCACAUUGGGGAGUUGUUUCUGACCCUUAUAGAAAAACUCCAAAUUACUUGUAACAUGUAAAUUGGUUUGAAAAUAUUCCAACUCAAUAUCAAUAAA